AUGCCAACCACCCUCACCUUUUCACCACGCCGAGGGCAGAGUUACCAUGAACGCAGCCAAGCACGGAAACCUCAUCCUUCUAACAAAACAACGCAGCAAUACAAAGGGUCCACCCUUGGAGUCAACUGCCCUCCACUUGAUGACAGAAGGCACUCGGUACCAGGCUUUUUAGCAAACCGCUCGGGCAUUCAGUCUAAUACUACUGCAACAUCUGUAUCUUCGUUAAAUGACUCCACUCUUCGUGAUUUAUCAUUGAAAGACCCAUUGACAUUGACACCUGCUGAUAAUUCAUCAGACACUGUAAACAAAGAUGACUGGGUCAUAGGUUUUCGUGAGGGAAUUAUCGCUCAAAUCAGAGGCCAAGGAUGUGACUCCCAGAGCUUCUCUAACGUGUCAAGAGAAGAUUAUCGAUAUGUUAUCCAGGCCAUCGCCGAUGAUGAUAAGCGGUACAAGCUCUCAUAUACCCCGUCAUCUCAACGGCUCGUUUCCACCCUGCCUACCCAACUUCACGAGACUUUCCUGGCAUCUUUACCUGAUUCCAUCCAUACAGCGCUCAAAUCCAUAGGUAUCGAUCGCCAAUCGGGAAAGUUCGUCAUACAAAAAAACACCACCCUCAGAGGGAGGGGAUCAGAAGGGUCCCAACAAGACUCCCUCGGCAUACCCGAUAUGAUUGCCGAAUUCGUCGAUGAAGAAAGCGGGUGUCUGCAGAUGUGGGGGAUCGAGGUGUCGUUAUCCGAGACCCAGGAGGCCGCCAUGACGAGUCUUAAAGACUACGUCACUGACGCCCCCAAUCUGGUCGCUUUGACAUGGUUCGACGUCAAAGAGACCGCGAAGCAUGUACCGCCAACGGAUAGCUCACAGACAGCCAUCGCCUUACGGAGAGAUGAGAAGGUGGUACCAUACCACCAGUGGGCUCGCCAGAUCGAUGAUUCCAACCACGCCGUGGACGUCUUCAAUCACAAAUGGGUAUCCCCGCUCCGCAUCACCGUCACCACUUGGUUACGUAGGCCUGAUAGCACAAGAAUCGAUCUAACUGAUCACUCUGCCAUGUACUAUGCAACCGCGGUCAUUUCGCCUGAUCCAGAUUCGGUCGCCCUAACACAUAUGCAGCGUGUGCUUAAUCGCACAUUGACUGCCAUCAAAAACGUCACCAUCGAACAUAUCGAUACACUGAAGGCAGAAGUCGCUGCAGUGGCCGCCGCAAGGGCCGCCGCAGAGGAGGGCAAUGAAGGUAACACGGUUCAGCCCGUUGAGUUCCAGGACACUUUACUCGCUGCUCGCGCGUGGGUUCCUCCGGCGUCGCUCGCCGAUUGGGAAGAGGUGAUUGAUGACAUCCGAAGCGGGGCGAGGCAGACUGGGUACACUCGCUACUCCACCUGGCACGCAGGCCUACUCAAGAAGCGUAAGGCAUCGGAGAUGUCGAGAUCGAAGUCUUCUACCUCUAAGAGGACUAGGCGGGGUUGA